UUAACAUGGACUGGAGAUGCAAACUGUGUUCUACAUCCCUGGAUACCCGGGCAAAGUUAUUUAGGCAUUAUCGUUUGCAACAUAGUCAGUAUUCAAGAGUCAGCCCUCUGCCAUGUCUCUACAGCAGUUGCAUUUGCACUUUUCAGUCAUUUAAUGCAAUGAAAGCCCAUCUGUCACGUUAUCAUAAUGACACAGACAGACUAGAUGCAACUGACAGAGUACAGGCAGCACAUGCAUUUUUCACCUGUCCUUUGUGUGACUUUGAGAAGCCAUUUUCUAAGGCAACGUUGUUUGGACACUUGAGAGGUCAUUUAAGAAAUCACAAGAUGGUUAUAUGCCCUUUCAGAAACUGUAAUUACAGCACAAAUGCAUACACAUCAUUUAAUGCACACAAAAGCAGAUACCAUGGAGAGAGUUCAGACUUUGAUGUUAGAGUUUUUGCAGCAGAAAAUGUUUGUGACCAAGUCCUAACUACUGAUGGUGAAAGUGUUGGUGAAGUAAAUAUUGAGUGGGAAAGCACAGAGGAACCAGAUCUCCUUGAGGUGGAGAGUCAAUGUGACACUGAUAUUUUACGACUUAACUUGGCAUCAUUAUUCCUAAAGAUGCAAAGUGUCCUUCAUGUGUCUGACAUGGCAUCUCAGGAAAUAGUGGAUCAUCUGACUCAGAUUUUUUCUUUGUCUCAACCUCUUCUCAAAAAGACUGUAAGAGAGGUCCUACAGAUUCAUGAUGUCACUGUUAGUGAAACGACUUUGGAUGAGGUAGUUAGUGCUGUUAUGGACAGCAACAUUCUUGUCAGUGAAACAGAUGCCAGCUCAACUGCAAGUUCUGAUACAGACAUCCCCCCACACGUUCCUUUAAUGCAGCGUCAGAAGAAUUGGCCAGAAUGUUUCCCUCUGCCUGCUUUUUCUUUUGAAGUUGAGCACGUACUUCGUGAAGGUAACACUGCUUUCGAACGAUCUGGAAAGACAGUGAAAUUGACAAGGUCCCAAAAGCACAACAUCCUGGAAAACAUGGCAGAAAAGAUGUACAACUUCAAACCAUAUCCAAGUGACAGGGAGGUGGGAAUGGCAGCUGAAGCUCUGGUUACAUCAUAUCCAUGUCUCCGCGAACCUGGAAGCAGGAACGGAUGGUAUGGAUGGAAGGUUUGCUUGAAGUUCAAGAUGGGGAAUUAUCGGACAAAGCUGGCUAGAACAGGGUGUGCCGAGGUGUCCAUCCACACAGGCAGGAGAAGCCAUACCAACCCUGAGAAUGAACAUCCCCACUCUAAUAUCAAAAGAGCCAGACGUGCUGAAGUAAACUACUUACCGGACUUUCCCAGAGGAGAAAGCCAGUCCUCUGUCUCAGUCUCUGGAACAAAUGAGACAAGACAUCAUUCAAGAAGUAGAAAAGACAGAGAAAAAUCAGAUGUUGAUUGAGAAGCUUAUGCAGACAACCUUUGCUCUUUGUCGCCAAGAUAUUUUGCAGGGAAGUCCACAGGUGAGGGACUUCUUGGAAAGAUGGCCAGCCCUGAAAAUGGAGUCACAGGUAAAAACUGUAUUCAUGUAUCACAAAGAGCAUGCUUUUUCGAGACAAGUACAUAUUCCUAAAUUGAACGGUUUUCAACUAUGCACUAAUCCGUUAACAUUUGUUUGUAUAUCCCCAGGUGUUUGCUGAGUUCCAUCGCAUCACAAAUGUGAACCUACGCAACACAUUCUACUGUGAACUUGACAGACACACACCGCAACUGCUUGCCUUGUUUAGGCAGAAGGCUUCCCGGACUGGCAAGACAGCUGAGGCGUUGCAGGAAAUUCUAAGGAUUUAUGACCAGCAAUUGGAACUAAAUCAAUCAGUCAAACAUCAGCUCACAUGGAGUGAGGAAAGUCCACCAGUUUGAUCAUGGCUGUCAAUGUCCCAGGAGUGGUAGCGAUGGUCUUCUUCUACCUGCUGGUUCUAGGAACCGGUAUCUGGGCUUCUUUCAAAUCCAAAAGGGAGCAGAAGAAAAGUGCAGCCACUGGAGUGGAUAUGGCCCUGCUGGGAAACCGGAGGAUUAGCUUGGUGGUGGGAAUCUUCACAAUGACAGCUACGUGGGUUGGAGGAGGAUUCAUCGUCGGCACUGCUGAGAUGGUGUACACGCCCUCUAUGGGACUGACUACAGCCAUUGUGAUGAACACUGCGUUCAGCUCAUCUUUCAUCAUUGCUGGAAUGGUAUUUUCCAAGCCAAUGAGAGAAAGACGUUGCACAACGAUGUUGGACCCUUUCAACAUGAAGUAUGGAAAAUCACUAACAGCUGGACUGAGCCUGGUUUCACUUUUUGUUGAUCUGACGUGGGUACCCUCAACACUGAUUGGUUUAGGAGGAAUCAUGAAUGUGGUCUUGGAUUUACCUUUUGCUGUUUGCAACUGGAUUUCUGCUGCUGUUGCCAUCAUCUACACGCUGCUGGGAGGCCUCUACUCUGUGGCCUACACAGAUAUUAUACAGCUUUUCCUCAUUUUCUUCGGUUUGUGGGUUUGUGUUCCUUUUGUUUUGAUGAACCCAUCCACCUUGGACAUCAGUCAGACGUUGACGAAUAACACCUUACACGCUCCCUGGAUUGGAACGCCAGAACUGAAAACGGCCUGGAGGAUUGCUGAUGAUUUCUUAUUCUUUGCACUGGGGAGUUUGGGGUACCAGUGUUUACACCAGAGGACCUUGUCAGCCUCCUCCACAGCCACAGCCAAGAUCACAUGUCUUGUUGCUGCUUUCAUCUUUCUUUUUUUCGGGAUACCUCCCAUCCUGCUUGGGGCAGGAGCUGCAUCCACAGACUGGAACUUGACCACCUACGGCUCUCCAUCUCCAUUUGAACGUGGAGAAGCAGCUUUAGCUCUUCCCUUUGCCCUGCAGCACCUCACUCCACCUUUCAUCUCCAUCCUUGGUAUUGGAUGUGUGGCAGCUGCUGUGAUGUCGUCGGCUGACUCUGCUUUGCUUUCUGCAGCUUCUGUCUUCAGUGUGAACAUAUACAAGAGCAUCCUGAGGCCUCAGGCAUCAGACAGAGAGAUUCAGUGGGUGAUCCGUGCUGCUGUGGUGGUAGUUGGCGUUGUCGGUACGUCACUCACCAUCCUGAAAAACAGCAUCUUACUAUUUUGGUUUGUUGGUGCUGAAGCAGCCUACAUCGUUAUCUUCCCUCAACUCGUCUGUGUCCUCUUCUUCAACAUCUCCAAUGGUUAUGGGGCUGUUAUGGGUUUGCUUGUGGGGAUUUCUUUACGACUACUCAGUGGGGACCCGACACUGGGAUUAGCACCAGUCAUACACUUCCCAGGAUGCACUCUUGAGGACGGUGUUUAUGUCCAGUACGCUCCAGUUAAGACCAUCUGCAUGCUUUCUAUGGUUGCCGCCAUCUUGAUUUUCUCCUACCUGGCUUCGGUGCUCUUCAACAAAGGUCUGCUUCCUGAGAGGUGGGAUGUCUUCAAAGUGAAAGGACAGUUCUCACCACAACAGCUGACACCAAGAGAUGGCGCCACAGAACCAAAUGAGACUGAGAAACUGAAGAUGUACAAUUUUCAGGCCGAGGCAUCAGAGCCAGUGAUGACCAGUAACUCUGAGUGAAAGUGUUUUUAGUAACAUCAUGCACUAACUUUCUUAGUGGCAGCCUCAAAAACAGAGAAAGAAGAAAAAUGUUUUGAAAUAAUCAGUUAAAACUAACAUAUUAUCAUGUGUAUCAAGUCAUACAAUCCAUUACACUGAUUUGCAAGGUGCAUCUAGAAAAAUUAAAAUAUCAUGAAAAAGUUGACUAUUUUCCCACCAUAAUUUUAUUAAAAAAGUGAAGCUUCCAUAGAUUUUUUCUCAUAUAAAGUAAAAUAUUUUAAGACUAUUUUGUUUUAAUAUGAUGUUUGCAGCUUAAAGCUCAUGAAUCAUUCACAUUUUCAUGAAACUGUAAAUCCAUACAUGCACCUGUACAAGCCUAAACCAGCACACACUUCCAGUUGCCUCCUUCAGCCUGCAGGGGUCGUGCUGGAUCUAAUCUUCAACCCCUGCAGUCCGCCUGAUGCAGUGUUAGGAUUUCAUGAGUGGAAUUUGGACUUCUUUUCAAAGUUGUUGAAAGCAGGGGUUCCCACAUGUUGAAAUGCCAAGAACUGCCAACAGAGAACACCAAAGUAGCAAGAUUUUUAAAUUCUUGUAGAAAAGUUAAACAGGCAAA